AUGGCUGGCACAUGUGUUAAUACUAUCAAAUUGUUGGGUUUAGGCUCACUCGGGUUAUUAACUUCAUCAAUCAUCUACCAAUCAAUACAAAAUAUCCCUAGUCUAAUCACUCAAAUAAACUCAAUCUAUCAAUUAAAUGUCCCCACUUUAAACAAGAAGAUUCAAGAGACCAAGUCAUACAUAUUUGGUUCAAGAAUUGUUAAUGGACUUUUGACCGGGUUGAGCACCUUGUUCUUCACAUUGGCUUUUAAAUAUAGUCCUAUAGAUGAAAAACAUCCUUAUUUGGUGUAUGCUGCUGCUGGUGCUCCAUUGACGUUGCUCGGAUUGUAUUACAAUACUUGGGUGUAUGAAGAUAAUAUAUUGGAUAAACCAAGUGUAACUUUAAAGAAGGAUGCUUCUGGUUCCAGUUCAAAGAGUUCUACGUCUGCCAACACCCCACUUGCUCCUUCCUCGGUUGUUUCCGCUGAUGAUGAACAAGAUGAAGCUGAAGUAAUUUCCAAGGUCAAUAGUGUUGAUGAAUUGGGAAGAUCUUACGUCCAUCUUUCUGAUGAGUCGGGUCUUUCUACUCCUACUUCUUCUCAACCAGCAUCACCACAAAUUCGCCACCAAGAAGGAGCGCACGACUUUGAAGGUGAACAAGAUGGGCAACCACAUGAAGGUACAUUCAAGGAGGAAACUGCAGUUGAAGUUGAGAUAGAAAACACUUUAACCAAGAAGGAAAUCGUUCAAGAUUUAGAACAUAUUAAAUCAGGUUAUACUAUUGGUUCUUAUAUUUCUGGUCUAAGUUUGACCAUUGCUAUUUCUGGUAUGAAUUACAACUAUAAUUACGAUCCAUCAUUUGGCGACGGUACUGCUGAAGCUACUGCACAAGCUGCUGUGUAUGCUGCCGGACAACAACACCAACAAUUACAAAACCAACGUCGAGCCCAAGCGCUAGCUACUCAACAACAACAUCAACAACAACAUCAACAACAACAAUUAAACCACAAUACGCGUAUUCAACAACAAUCAGGUUCAGGAAACAACGACCAUUUCCAGUUUCCACAACAUAUUCCUCCACCACCACCCCAGUUCCAACAUCAGUAUGCUAAACCAACAUCAAGCAUUUUUGUGACUCCCGAUAAUAAACCAAUUCCAUUCUUUAUUCCGUUUGAUGAACCCGAUAGAAAAAGGUAUCUGCGCAUGGUACUUCAGAAUGGGGGUAUUUUAGCUGAAGGUGGAUUGGAGAAUAUGAUUUACGUAACGAGUAAAGAGCAAUUGGGAGGGUUUGUUCGUAUUAGGUAUAUUGAUGAUUGUGUUAGUGUCGGGCAAUUGUUGUCUACGGGUAAUUAUACCAUUCCGGCCACACUGAUUGAUGAGGUUGCUGAGCCGAUUAUUGAUAUGUUGGGAUUGGAGCAACAUGGACAACAACAACAGCAGCAACAGCAGCAGCAACAAAGCAAGAGCGGAGUAUUCAGUAUUGCCACUGGUAGGACUCCAGCAGCUCAAAGAUCCCAAAGUGAAGCAGCACCUAGACGUUCGCUGGGCAAGCAUGCAUCGACAUCAAACAGAUUCAAUGACGUAAAAGAUGAAUACAUUUUGGACCAAGUGCGAAAAAAUGCCAAGUUGCGUAACUCACAUGAAUUUUAUCGCCAAUUGGCUACUCAUAGUAUCUUGUCGAUGCAUACGGGAAAUUCAAUAAGAUCACGUUAUCGCCGUCAUUUAGAACAACGAUUAAGAUUUGUUUAUAAGACCAAUGAUCGCGGCAAAUUGCUCAAGGAUCGUCAUGGGCACUUGAUUGAAGUAUCAUUGGAUGAAGUACCUGAAACCAUCAAGACCAAGUUCACUCCCUUGGAUGAUUAUGAAUUAUGUUGUUCAGCCUUGGCUUAUAUCAAACAACAAUCAAUUUUACAAGGGUUUGAAUAUAAUGAAGCUGAUGAAGACCAAAAAAGUAAUUUACCCUAUCUGUUUUUCAAUCAAAUGUAUCACAAACAUCCUAGACAUACUUUACAUUCAUGGAGGGAUCGGUUUCGGAAAUUUAUCUCGAAAGAUAGCGAUGUUGUUGAAUACAAGAGAUAUUAUGAGACUUGCUUGACAAAUGGUGAUGUGCCUCAUGUGUUAUCAAAAGUGCCUCAACAUAUAUCCAACUUUAACCGAGACAUUGCUGCGUUGAAGAAAGAUAAUAAAGCGCAAGAGCAAAGGAGGGUUGCUCGUGGGACAGAGGAAGAAGGCGUGGAGGAUGAAAUUGAGGAAGUUGUUGAUGAUGAUGUAGCAUUUGUGGAGGAAGCAGAAGCCUUUGCUAAUGCUGCUGUUGCUGCUGCUGCUGCGCGUGAUGAGCAACGUCAACAGGAAAAGCAACAACAACAACAACAACAACAACAACAACAACAGGAAAAGCAACAACAACAGGAAGACGAAGAAUCAGCACUUGAUGAAGAAAUUGGUGAAUUGAAGAACUCAAAUAUCAAUGAUGCAGCACAACAAAACAGCUCUAGUCAAAAGAGUAGUAGUGACAAAACAGAUGAUAGUCAAGGUAAAGCAGGCGUUGCCGAUAUGGAUAUUGAUGAUGUUCUUAAAGAUCACAUUGAAGUUCCAAAAUUGGGUAAUAUAGGCACCAUUGACGAGGACGACGAUGAAAGUGACGAUGAGGAGGUUGAGGAGGUUGAUGAAGGUGGAGAAAAUGAGGAGAAAAACGUCGAGGUUGAAGUCGGGCAACAAUUAACUGUGAACAAAGACCAAGAGGAAGAUGAUGAUGCCAGUUCCGAAAAUGAUGAAUUCUUUUCUGCUCCCAAGACACAGUCCCUGACACAAUUGGGAUCUCAUCAAUUGGACUUACAAUUGGAUUCAGAUCAUCAACUUCAAUCAAGUGAGGCUCAACCAGAUAUAACCCUCGAUUACCUUGACAAAUCAACCACUGUGAUAACUUGUAUCGACCCUAACAAAUUCCUCAACUUGGUCAAACAAAGCAAACCACGCGUUAUCCUACUUACUCAACUUCUCAAUGAUGGUGAAGAAGAUGACCAAUCUCAUCAAAGUCAAGAAGAUGAUGAUGAUUUGUUACCAAAGACAUUUCUGAAAUUGAAUUCACUUGGUUUUAAGGAUCCAUUCAUAAGUCACAUCAUCUACGCGUGUUCGAAUGAGACUUUGGUCAUGAUCAACUACAUUAUUCAAUUUAUUGAUUCAUUAGCUCAAGCAAUAACACAAAUGGAAAAAGAGGCAGAAUCAACCAAAAAGAAGAAUAAUGAGAAUAAAGAUAAGAAAAGGAAACUCAGGGGUAAACAAAACAAAAAUGACGUUGAUGUGGAUCAGGAGGAAGGGAAGGUAUUCAACUGGGAGACGGAGUUGAUAUACACGUACUUGCCGCUCAAGAAUGCGCCACUGGGGGUCUGGAAUCAGACGUUUGAUUCGUUGUUGGAUACGGAAUUGGAAUCUAAGUUGUAUAAGUUCAAGAGUGGACAUGAAAUUGAGAAACGUAAGGAGUUUAUUGCUUCGUGUUUGGAUGACGGUGAUAUAGAAGAGGAUAAAGAUGAGGGAGAGGAGGAGGAGGAGGAAGAGGAAGAGGAAGAGUAG